AUGAAAGAGAAAAAUUUAACCCGAGUAUCAGAAACUGUAUUGCUUGCAUAUUUCAUGGAAUUAUCAGAGAAAUAUGUUCCGAGCACCUUGUGGGCUACGUAUUCGAUGUUGAAAUCGACUCUGAAAACUUACGAUAACUUCGAUAUUUAUCCCUUUACACAACUGUUGGCUUUCCUCAAACAAAGAGGCAAGAAACAUCAAAAGAAAAAGUCAAAGGAUUUGACUGAACAACAGGUCUACCAGUUUCUCACUUUUGCGCCAGACCAUAAAUGGUUAGCCGUCAAGGUAGCAUUAAUAUUUGGAAUAAAUGGUGCUUGCCGACAUCAAGAAUUACACGAUAUAAAAAUGCAAAUGCUACAGGAUGAGGGAAAUUAUUUGCACGUGACUCUCUCGGCUGAAAUAACCAAAAAUUUCCAAGGAAGAACAUUCUCUGUCACUGGGAGGUGGUACACUAUUGUAAAAAAAUACUUGAACGCUCGACCACAAAAUUGCACACUGGAUAGUAUUUUUUUGACUUUUCGCGAUGGGAAGUGCACCAAUUCAGCGAUGGGAAUAAAUGCACUGGGUGCAGUUCCAAGGAACAUUGCAACUUAUUUGAAACUCCCCGAUGCGGAUAAGUAUAUAGGACAUGCUCUCCGUCGAUCCUCUGCAACCAUUUAUUGCAAUGCUGGGGGAAUAUUACUUGGCUUGAAAGAUCUUGGCGGAUGGAAAUCUGACACAGUCGCUCAGUCUUAUCGCGCAGAGUCUCUACACAAUAAAAAAAAUACCUGCAAUAUGAUUACAAAUGCUGUUAUGACUGCGGGAGGUGCGCUUCCUCAGCCUUCAUCAUCCCAUAUUGACAAUAUGGAAAAUAAACAAAAUUGUGGAGAGUUGACUGCAGGAAUUAAAAUAUUGAAUCAGCAGAGAGUUCUACAACCUUCAAAGACAAAUAUCAAUGUUUUGCAAGAUCACAAGAGUUCAUCUAAACCGGUGAGAAAUCACCCAACAAAUGAUGCGACAGAGCCAUCAACGCCAAAGAAUUCAAAUGAUCAAAAUAAGGAGAACUCAAAUUCGAAUAUGGUACAAAGCUUAGAUUUAGUUAAAAACGUCACUCUCAACUUCAACAAUUGUUCUUAUAUUACAAUUAAUAUUAAAAAGCAAGAUUGA